AUGCCAGCUCCAUACAAGAAAGGAUCCGAGAAGAAAGGUGCCACCCUUUUCAAGACUAGAUGCAUGCAAUGCCACACCGUUGAGCAAGGUGGCCCUCACAAGGUUGGUCCUAACUUGCAUGGUGUUUUCGGCCGUACCUCUGGUAAGGCUGAAGGUUACUCUUACACCGAUGCCAACAUCAAGAAAAACGUCGAGUGGACUGAACAGAACAUGUCUGACUACUUGGAAAACCCUAAGAAGUACAUUCCAGGCACCAAGAUGGCCUUUGGUGGUUUGAAGAAGGAGAAGGACAGAAACGAUUUGAUCACCUACAUGGUCAAGGCCUGCAAAUAA